AUGUGCCAUAAAUUUCGUAGAAUUCCAUUGCGUCUUACGCCUGCUACUCUGCUUGAUUUCAAGAUUCUCGAGGUUAUAAAUAGCGAAGGCGAUCGUAGAUAUUGACAGCAAGGACAAAUGAUAGUGAGAGAAAUAUUUGAACAGGGAAAUAAAUGAUUCAGUUCGACAUCCUUUCCUAGCUAACGUUCAGAAAGUAGUAUAUAGGCUCGCUAUCAAGCACGAUUUCGCCAAUGGUACGUACGUACGUAAGUCUGAAUGUGCUAUCUUCUUCAUCACUCAUCGAUCAGAAAGUAGUAUAGGCUCGCAAUGAAGCCCCGUCGACAACUUUUUUGGGAAAAACUUUUUCCGUACGAGUACGUUGUAAUUGCUUUCCAGCGACUUUACCUCAAUUUUUCAUACCAAAUUUCGGUACUUUGCCCAUAAAAAACAAAUAUCUUGCCCUUUGCGCGGAAAUAUUUCACCCAAAUAAAUGACUGGGGCCCAACAAAAAAUUUCUAGGAGCUCGCAGAACCUGGGGAUCCGGGGCAAUUUGCCCCCCCCCCUCUCGGCGGCCCUAAUCAUAUAUUAUGUGUCAUGUGUCCAUGCAAUCCUAUUGGCAUUUACAUGUCCCAGAAGAGCCUCUAAAUAUUUCUUGACUAAAAGACCUCAUCCAACUAGCCUGAAAAAUUAUAAUUAUGAAGACUUAUAUCAAUAUCAGUAAUGGCACAUUCUGUGCAGUCUAGUCCACUUCAAUCACUGCAACUAAUAUAUGACACUGCAUGAGAAUACACUAGAAUAACCUGCUUAUGAUGACCAGUUAUAACACAUGGAACAAAAAGAUUCAACCGUUUGAGAGGAACAGGAUUAAUUAAAGCCUUCUCUCUCGAGAGUUCGUCACACGAAAAUUAACAUGGCAGAAAUAUCUCGGCUAUAGUCCAAAUUGUUCUUCAUAAUCCUUUCAUCCUGGCAUAUAGCUGUACUCAAGAACUUUAGUUUCUCACAUAAUUCAUUGCUUCCACAAUAAACAUACACCUUCUACUGAUAUCAAAAUCUGACCGUUCAAUACGUUCAAAUCAACUGAAGUCAUACUUAAAACGCAUGAGAGCGUUAACUAUCAGCUUGGAUGCGCUACACCGUUUUUAAUUCACGUUUAACAAGUACAUAAUUAACUGAUAAAUUACUAACUGCAUGGCCUUCAUUUAGAUUAAAAUAUUAUAGAGCGUCAAAAGGGGUGUAUUUAAAGAAUAGUAGAGCUUAUCUGGGCCCUAGAAAUCGAUCCCGUUAACAGAGUACUUCAGUUUUCGGCCGUGGACAAGCAUUUGCACUGCGUAAGUUUAUUUCUGACGUGAUUGUUUUAAUAUCGGUGCAUUGGCCGUGUUAUAGAAUACAGAUAGCGCAUGAAAACAAGUUUUAUCUUUGUAAUGUGGCAAUUUUGUAAACAUCACUGAAGUUUUAGCACUAGUCAAGAAUUAAAAACUCAAAAUAUAUAUAGUUAAUAUAUAAUUAUUGUAUUUUUGUACUUGUAGUUUUGUUUAUUCAACAUUUUCACUUGAUUUCGUGGCUCACGGCUGUUGUGUAGCAAAGAACCAGUGUUGUUUAUAACAGCGUAUAACAGGUGCGAUCCGAGGUCAAUAAACCCGACUGUAGCCAGAUGAAAACUGCUAAAUGUUAAUUAAGAUUUUGUUGGCAUUUCACUCGAUUGAAUAAUAGUUGGAUUGAACUGGUCAGGGGUCUUGAUUGUAGAUGGAAAUUUAUAUAAAUUUAAAAUGUAUAUAAAUUACCACUUGAUAAUUUCCAUCUACAAGAGUCAAGACCCUUCAUUCUUCAACUAAAUGUUAAUUACUGUAGGUUUUGCUCACAAAUGGAUUUUCUUAUGUCUUGUUAAUAACAGUAAAACAUUUUCUUUUUAGCUUGCAUUUGCCGAAGGACAUCGAAUUUCCAAAAACCGAUUUUACGCACUAAACGCAAUGAAAGCGACUUGGAUAUGUGUUACACUACUUCUUAGCCAACUCUGUUUGGUACCCGCUGUACAUAAUAUCACAGAAGCGCUGGAGGCACUCGCACCAGUCCCUAUCGAAGACCUGCAAACUAAGACGCCACAAAUGGAGGAAACUGACACGAGUUUCUCUGUCACUAAUAUUGCAAGAAAAGUGGAACAUGAAUAUUGGUUAAUGAGUUUCUUUGUUGUUCUUGGCUACCUCUUGCAGUGACAGGGUUUUUUCAGGGCUUUUUUACGGCCGUUGUUAAG